UCGGAAGUAAUUGCGUGUGUUAGCCUUGUUUGUACCACUUUGGGAGUGAGUGUUUACGAGUAUUUAGGGCUCUGUUAUACAGUUUGCAAGGUACCGAAACCCAGAGCCGCCUCUAUCGUUGCCGUCAUUCAGGAGCAUGUCAGUCUUAGGAAGGACGUUAUUUUCUCCACUAAUUUUAUCAACAAGAGUCUGUUCUACCCUCAUUCUGCUCUCCAAAUGUUGCAUCAUUCUACGUCGAGUCUAGCCAGCCCAAGGAAAUUACGUGGGACAAAUAUAUUGACCAUGUCUAAAAGUUUCGAUGAUCUUAUGGACGGCGGAUUUCCGUGUGGAAGAAUAACUGAGCUUUGUGGCCAACCUGGAGUUGGUAAAACACAGUUUUGUCUGCAAACUUGUCUAACAGUUCAGAUACCCCAAUGGUGCGGCGGACUGGACGGCGAGGCUGUUUUUCUUGACACAGAAGGUAGCUUUGUCCCAAAACGUCUACAUCAAAUGGCUGUCGAAUUGGUCAAUCACUGCCAGUCUAUGAUAGCUCCUUGUCUCCGGCGUUACAUGGACGGUCUUGGCAAGUUUCUAAUUGAUGCAGAAGAGAAGGCUGCCUGUCGUGACGCUCUGGAAAGAUUACCAACAGAGGAUAGUCUGUUAAGCAAAGUCCACUACAUUAGAUGUACUGGUUAUCUUCAACUGCUUGCGGCUGUUCAAAGAUUGGGGGAGUUCUGUAAAUAUCAUCCCCACAUCAGACUCAUUAUCGUAGACAGCAUUGCUUUUCCAUUCCGAUACGAAUUUGAGGACAUCCCGCAGCGGAACCGACUGUUAGCUGCCGUCGCACAAUCCCUUCUCUCAACUGCGAGUUCACAAAGUGCAGCUGUAAGCUUUGGCAAUGUGUCAUUUACUUGCUUAGCAGUGGGGACUAAUAAAAACCAUCUACGUCUCCUUACGGUGAUCAUGACAAAUCAGAUAACAACCAAAUUUGUCACCAACACGAAAUCUGCUACCACUCACAGCACUCUAGUGCCAGCUCUGGGGGAAAGUUGGGGACAUGUCUGUUCGGUGCGCCUCCUCCUCUCCAAGGCAGAAGGGGCUGAUGCGGAUCAGUAUCGCACCGCACGACUACUCAAACAUCCCGGCCAGCCGCCUGGCACCGCCACUUACCGAAUCACGGUACGUCUCAUUUCCUACUCAGAUACCGCCUAG